CCUUCACGUAUAUUUCUUCUCUUUCCCACUGAUAUACCCAAUACUUUUUUCCACCGCCUCUGCUCAUGGAUCCUUCUCGAAUGAGAUGGCCAUAAAACCCCUAUCUUCAAAAUAUGUUUUGCCUUUCUCCUCCUAACCUCGACGACCCUGUUCAACAUCUUCACAAACCCUUUGUCUCCGUCUCCGCUUACAGUUCAACACCACGAGGAGCAGGAGGGAUCCCGGAAAGCUCGAAUUUUCCGAGCAGGUUGUUGUCUUUAGUUCGAGUUCUUUCACCUUCGUAAACCUGAAUCAAAACGUCCGGUUGAUUAUCCGAAUAAGUAGAGAACACCUGCUCUUUCUUGAUCGGAAUUGUGGUGUUUCUGGGUAUCAACACCGUCAUAACACCACCAGCGGUUUCAAGCCCUAGAGACAGAGCGGUGACAUCGAGAAGAAGAAGAUCCUGAACUUUUUCGUUUCCUUCGCCGCUUAAAAUGACCGCCUGAACUGCAGCACCAUAAGCCAUCGCUUCAUCUGGGUUGAUGCUCUUACAGAGAUCUUUCUCGUUGAAAAAAUCCUGCAACAGUUGUUGAACUUUAGGGAUCCGGGUCGACCCACCCACAAGAACCACGUCGUGGACGUUGCUCUUGUCCAUCUUCGCGUCUCUUAAACACUUCUCAACUGGAUCCAUACACUUUCUGAACAAAUCCAUGUUCAACUCUUCGAAUCUUGCACGGGUGAUUGUCGAGUAGAAAUCGAUUCCUUCAUAUAGAGAAUCAAUUUCGAUUACCUUACCAAGAUACCAACUACAUGAUACUUCCAACAUAUCAACUACUGCUUGCAAAUACCAGAAAGAUGUUAAAUCAUGUUUUGGUGUGCAUUUCUACAACAUCAAAGAGUAAGAACCGUUAAGCAAAGAAGCAAUUUCUCCAAUGGCAGAUUCUUGCUCAACACAAGUAGCACUCAGGAAAUCAGAUUAUCCUCUUUUCUCUAUUUAUCGGCAAUCGGGACAAAUAGAAUCACUAAUCUUGGAUAAUGAUGUAAAACACGUAAUGGAGAUGAGGCCCAAUGGAUAUUUUGGCAACAGAUGGACUGGGAUAGCAAAAGUGGCUCCAGGCAGAAAAAAAAUAUCAGAUUUAUGUUUGGUUUACCUGACAAAAUUUAUGCUGCUGUCAAUCUUUUUCCUUGGGCCAAUUUCUGGGUGCAGAAUAUCCAAAGAAUUGAUUAGAAUGUAUUGGUGUUGAAGACUUGAAGUAAGAUUAUUGCUUCCUUUUCAUGUGAAACAACACUGAUUGGAUUCUCGGAUGGACAACUAUAUUUACUUCAGGACAAAGAGAUAGAAGAGGGGAAGAUCAUUGGAAAGAUGUGGAGAACAAAACUCAUCAUAGUUUCAUUUAUUUUGGAAUUUGUUCUUCAAAAAUUGUUUAAAUGACCAAUAAAGGGGUUGUUUUCCUAUUUUGUAAUAUCUACUCUUAAAUGCAAUCCAGUUUCGCAUAUAACUGUAUUAUGUUUACCCAU